AUGUCGAUAUUGAUGGGAACAGUGGAUGACAUGAGUCAGAUGGUCGUUGUCGGCAAGACUCAAAUUCUCCGCCAGAGCACUGCUUCUAGCCCUAACAAGGCUCUCAAGGCCUGCGAAGUCGCGCGGGGCCAGCCUUCCAAGGAACAAAGAACGCCCCCGACCACCGAUUCUCCACGAUUGCUCUAUACUCUACCAAUAUUGUGGAAGCUUUUGGGCGUGGUAAAAUACCCACGAUUCCCAGAAUACUCGCUAGACUCCAUAGAGUCUUAG